AAUAGAACCGCUGAGAUGCUGAAGUGCAGCCAAUCUUCUGCACAGCAUUACAGUCUGCAGCAGAGCCUCCUUCCUACAGAUCUUCCAGCUCCAUCGGCAAACAUGAGGGUGGAGGCGGUUAUAGCACUUCUCCUGGUGGAAACAUUCCAUGUGUCUCCUGUGUUCUCCAGUGUGGCCCCUGUACAUUGCAAAUGGAGUGAGUUUGGUUCUUGGUCAGACUGUGAUGGCUGUUCUAAAACUCAGACCCGCAGACGGACCGUAGAGGUUUACGCCCAGUUUGGGGGCUUGGAAUGUUCUGGAAGUGCCUAUGAGACGCAGCCAUGUGUUCCUACAAGAGGGUGCCCAAUAGAAGAUGGAUGUGGUGACCGAUUCAGAUGCUCCUCAGGGCAAUGCAUCAGCACUUCACUUGUGUGCAACGGGGACCAUGACUGUGAAGAGGACAGUCUUGAUGAGCACCAGUGUACGGUUUUGCACAAAGUCUGUGAUAUAGACAAAUAUCCUCCUAACACGGAACUCACUGGAUUAGGUUACAAUGCCAUCACUAGGAAGUUUACCAGAAAUGUCAUUCACACAAGAAGCUUUGGUGGGAAGUGCCGAAAAGUAUUUAGUGGGGACACCAGAGACUACUAUAGACUGAGUGAGAAUGUCCUGACUUACACUUUUAAGGUGUCAGUAAAGAAUGAUUUUAGCUAUGACUUCUAUAGCAGCACCUGGUCUUACGUGAAGGAAACCGAAUCAAGAACAACGUCCAACUACGGAUACCAUCACUAUCACAAAAAUACACAAUCCAACACUAAGGAAAAGAACUACCAGCUGAUGGUUAUAAAGAACUAUGUAGAAGUCGCUCAGUUUAUAAACCAAAAACCAGAGUUUCUCAUUCUCUCCGAGCCCUUUUGGAAAGAACUGGCCAGUCUCCCCUCUGUCUAUGAAUACACCACCUACCGAAAAUUUAUAGAGAAAUACGGCACUCACUUUCUCCAGUCGGGAUCCUUGGGAGGAGAAUACAAGUUUCUAUUUUAUCUUGAGUCAGAAAAAAUUACUUCAAAUGGUGUCACCAUAACAGAUAUGCAGUCAUGUACAUCCAAAAGUACAGGUUUCCUCUUCUUUCAUCACUCAUCGACGGAAUGCAAAAAAUUAAAUGAAGUCAUUAAACAAUCAUCAGGAUCCUCAGGCAGAGAGGUGCGAGGGGACGUGUUUGCGCAGGGAGGAGAAGCGAAAUUCGUUGCUGGGCUCAGCUCUUUCUCUCUAGACAACCCACAGGCAAAUGAGAACCGCUAUGCCUCCUGGGCUGGGUCUGUGUCCAAUCUGCCAAGUGUUAUCAAACACAAGACAACCCCUCUAUAUGAACUGGUGAAAGAAGUGCCCUGCGCCUCGGUGAAAAAGCAUUACCUGAAGAGAGCCAUAGAGGAGUACAUGAGUGAGGAGAGCCCCUGCCGCUGCAAGCCGUGCAAGAACAAAGGCGUGCCGGGCGUGGAAGGGACGCAGUGUGUGUGCUACUGUAAGCCCAGCACCUAUGGGCCUGCCUGUCAGUAUGGAGUUCUGGUCGAGGGAGAUCCAGCGGUAGUCGAUGGCAGUUGGAGUUGCUGGUCUGCUUGGAGCCUCUGCCUGAGUGGAUCAAGGAGAAGAGUUAGGAACAGAGUCUGUAAUAACCCAGCACCAAGUGGAGGCGGACUGAAGUGCAUCGGAGAUUCAAUAGAAAGUCAGCAAUGUGAGGACUCGGAACUGGAACAUUUACGUACCGUCGAGCCCCACUGCUUUGAUAUCUCUAUAGUACCUACAGAAUUUUGCCCACCCGCUCCUCUUCUGGAAAAUGGAUUUAUCCAGGAUUCUAACCCACCUUAUCCUGCUGGAAGACGUAUUGUAUAUACAUGCAAGGAGGGAUACGCUAUGGUUGGGGACCCAAUAGCACAAUGUGGAGAAGACCUCAAGUGGCAGACAGGGCAGAUGAGAUGCCAGCAAAUUAUGUGUUCACCCCCAGUCCUGCCGGGUAUUGUAACAUUUGUUCCUGAGAAAGAUGCCUAUGAGAUUGGAGAUAAAAUAAGCCUUUCAUGUUCUUUUGGGUUGGACUUAGAAGGGCCACACACCAUUUCAUGCACAUCCAGUCUCACUUGGUUACCUAGCAUCAACAAUAUCGACUGCUCGGCUAAAGCUACGCCAACAACUGCCCAGUCAGUUAGAAGUCAAUGUCAACCAUGGGAAAAAUUUGAGGAUGGGAAGUGCUCCUGCAGAAUGCCGUAUGAGUGCGGGGCAUCGCUUGAUGUAUGCGCAGUAGAUGGGAGGAACAAUAAAAACAUCGCACUCACUCUCUGUAAAAUGCAUGCCCUGCUGUGCCUGGGCAGAAAAUACACCCUGACAAGUGACGCAAAGUGCAAGUUCCCUGCGGCCGCUGAAAGAUCAUGUGACUCAUGCUAUCCGUGGGAACAAUGUAAAGCUCAGACAAAGAAAUGUGUCUGCGGAGAAGCUGAGACUUGUGCCAACGAAGGAAUCAGCAUUUGUGUCAAUGUCAAUGGCAAACUGCAAACCAUGAGCGAAUGUGAAGCCGCGAUCCGCAAGUGCCAAGGGGAGAAUGCUAUCAUUGUCAGCAUAAGCCCUUGUGAUGUAUAGGGGGAUACGCGGAAUUUCAUGGUUCAUUUAUUGUGCUGCUAUAAAGUAUGUCAAAGCAGCUCAGCAGUGCUCCGCUCAGGAAUCCAUUUGUAUGAAGUAUUAGAGUUUUCUAUGGAAGGAAUCAGAUUCUGAUGCUGAAACAUGCCAUGUACUUUUUCUUUUUAGAUUUUUUAAUCACUUUAUAAAUAAAACUUGGUCCGUUAAACAGGCACCCAAUUA